CGGAGGCGCGAGCAGGAAGUGGAGUCCCGGCCCGGCGGGUGGCCAGCACGCUGCGGCCGCCACUUUCCAACGAGCAGCGGCCGCUGAGGGUGCCCGGGGCGAUGGAGGGGCCGGGGCUGGGCUCGCAGUGCAGGAAUCACAGCCAUGGCCCCCACCCUCCAGGAUUUGGUCGGCACGGCAUCUGUGCCCAUGAAAACAGAGAGCUUGCCAAGGCAAGAGAAGUUCUUCCUCUCAUAGAGGACUCUAGUAACUGUGACAUUGUCAAAGCCACCCAAUACGGGAUUUUUGAACGAUGUAAAGAGUUGAUAGAGGCAGGAUAUGAUGUCAGACAACCAGACAAAGAAAAUGUAUCGCUUCUUCACUGGGCUGCUAUUAACAACAGGCUGGAUCUUGUAAAGUUUUAUAUUUCAAAAGGUGCUGUUGUAGAUCAGUUGGGUGGAGAUUUAAAUUCAACUCCUCUUCACUGGGCCAUCCGACAGGGGCAUUUACCUAUGGUCAUACUGUUACUCCAGCAUGGUGCGGACCCCACUCUCAUUGACGGAGAGGGUUUCAGCAGCAUUCACCUGGCAGUAUUAUUUCAGCGCAUGCCUAUUAUAGCGUAUCUCAUCUCAAAGGGACAGAGUGUGAAUAUGACAGAUGUAAAUGGGCAGACGCCUCUCAUGUUAUCUGCUUACAAAGUAAUUGGGCCAGAACCAACUGCAUUUCUUUUAAAGUUUAACCCUGCUCUCAAUGUUGUGGAUAAAAUACACCAAAAUACUCCACUCCACUGGGCGAUUGCAUCAGGAAAUGUUAAUGCAGUUGAUAAACUUUUGGAAGCUGGCUGUAGCUUGGCUAUCCGAAAUGUUAAGGGAGAAACUCCUCUGGAUAUGGCUCUGCACAGCAAAAAUCAGCUCAUUAUUCACAUGCUAAAAGCAGAAGCCAAAAUGAGAGCCAACCAGAAGUUCCGACUUUGGAGGUGGCUGCAGAAAUGCGAGCUCUUCCUGCUGCUCACACUCUCUGUGAUCACCAUGUGGGCUGUCGGAUACAUACUGGACUUCAAUUCAGAUUCUUGGCUUUUGAAAGGAUGUCUUCUAGUAACACUGUUUUCUCUGACAUCUUUGUUUCCAAGGUUCUUGGUCGGAUAUAAGAACCUCGUAUACUUACCCACAGUCUUCCUACUAAGUUCCGUGUUUUGGAUAUUUAUGACUUGGUUCAUACUGUUUUUUCCUGAUGUCACAAGCAGCCGUACGUAUUUCAUUUUCCUUUCCAGUCUAGUAGCCUUCCUCUACUUCUUCUACAAGACUUGGGCGACUGAUCCCGGCUUCACUAAGGCUUCUGAAGAAGAAAGGAAAGUGAAUAUCGUCACCCUUGCAGAAACUGGCUGUCUGGACUUCAGAACAUUUUGUACAUCAUGUCUUAUUAGAAAACCACUGAGGUCGCUCCACUGCCAUGUGUGCAACGCUUGCGUGGCUCGAUAUGAUCAGCACUGCGUGUGGACUGGACGGUGCGUAGGUUUUGGGAACCAUCACUAUUACAUAUUCUUCCUGUUUUUCCUGUCGGUGGCGUGUGGCUGGAUUAUGUAUGGGUCUUCCAUCUAUUGGUCAAAUCAUUGUACCACAACAUUCAAGAAAGACGGACUGUGGACCUACCUCAGUCAGAUUGUGGCCUGUUCCCCUUGGGUUUUAUAUAUCUUCAUGAUAGCAACUUUUCAUUUCUCAUGGUCAACAUUUUUAUUAAUGAAUCAGCUCUUUCAGAUCGCUUUUCUGGGCCUGACCUCCCAUGAAAGAAUAAGCCUGCUGAAGCAGAGCAGGCAGAUGAAACAGACCCUGUCCCUCAGGAAGACACCGUACAACCUUGGAUUCACACAGAACCUGGCAGAUUUCUUUCAGUGUGGCUGCUUUGGCUUGGUGAAGCCCUGCGCGGUAGAUUGGACAUCCCAGUACACCAUGGUCUUUCAUCCAGCCAAAGAGAAGGUUCUUCGCUCUGUAUGAAGAAAAGCAUCUCAAAACUGUCGUUGUGAUUUGUUUUCGUUUAUGAUGGUGCCCUAAGGAAGCCCAGAAGAAAACACAGGUGGUUUUAUAGCCAUUUGGUAAAACAGUUCUCAGUAAAGGUAUCACUCUUCAGGCUUAGAAAGAUGAACUAGUCCUGAAUACUCUUGGCAGACACCAAGAAAAAAAAAAAAAAAACUUUUAUAUUUUUCACAAGAAAAUACAAAUUAAUUUUUUUGAAGAUAUAUUCGUUGCUUAUGGAUAAAGUAGAAUAUUUUCAGAUAGUACAUUGGCUGUUUCAAAGUAGUACUAUUCUUUGAACAUGUAAUUUUUGAUAAGUUAUUUGUCAUUGUUGUAUCUAUAAAUAUGUAAAGAAUAUUUAAGUCGGUAUCUCUGUUUUGCUUUCACACCUAAUAAAAUUUUCUUUUGUAA